CCCACAUUGUGGCAAAUAAAAUCCAGUAAUGAACUGUCAUCAACAGUGCUAACACUGGAAAACGAAAACACCGCUGGCCGUUUUUAUAGUAUUUUAGACUUUGAACCUUCGCAACCAAUUGUACUACCAAAAGAGCAAACUACCUCAAGCCCCCAGGACUUGAUUGCUUCAGAGGUUCCUACCUUGGUGGAUGAUGCUGAAAUGUUUUCAGGCAUUGGAUCACCAGAGACACCUUCACCAAGAGGACCAACCCCGCCUCCUGUUGAUGUGAAAGCACCAAUAUCUUUACGUGUACACCGUGUGAAAAUCAUGGAGGAUCUCAUUUCUCAUUUCAAAAAUCCUGCCGUUAUAGAGACACAAAUACAAUUUAUGUUUGUGAACGAAGAAGGUGCUGACCAAUCAGGUGUUUCUAGAGAUGCAUAUUAUUCUUUCUGGGUGGAAUUUUUCUCGCGAAGUGCCGAAGGAGAAGAUGCUAGAGUUCCAGCAUUAAAUGCACACUGGCAGGCUGAUGAAUGGAGAGAAGUAGGAAGAAUUCUACUCAAGGGGUUCUUGGAUCAUAAUAUUUUCCCACUUCAAUUAGCGCCAGCAUUUACAAAUGCUGUUGUUUUUGGUGAGCACUCGAUUUCACCAGGAAUACUGAUGGAAUCCUGUUUGCUAUACCUUAACAAACCAGACCGAGAUUUGGUCACAUCAGCCAUUGAUGGGUCUCUUUCAAAUGAUGACACCGAGGAGCUAAUUGAUGUAUUGGAUAGAUUGGGAUGUAAGCAUAUCCCAAGUCAAAAUAUGAUGCGAGGCACUUUCCUCCAGAUCGUUCACAAAGAAUUGAUUCAAAAGCCAAAAUACGCCUUGGAGAAAAUAGCAGAAGUAUCAAUAGUUAAGCUUGUGGAAUAAAUCCCAAAUAUGCAAGCCAUGGAAACAAUGUAUGAAGAAAAAACACCGACUGUUCGAAAAGUGUUAAAGAUGAUUCGGGCAAACCCAGCAACACAAGCUGAAAACGAAAGUUUGAAGUUCUUUCAACAGUAUAUUAAGUCCCAACAAGACCUCACUGCUUUGCGAAAACUUCUGCGGUUUCUUACGGGAACAGAUGUAAUAUGCAUUGAAAAGAUAGACAUCAGUUUUUCGACACUGGAUGGUUUAGUAAGACGCCCUGUUGCUCACACGUGUGGACCUUAUCUUGAACUGCCAUCAACGUACCAAUCAUACCCUGAAUUGAGAUGCGAAUUUAAUAACAUUUUGAAUAACCCAUCUUGUAUGGAAAUGGGCAUAGCCUAAAAUUGACGAUUGCACGUACAUAACAUGUUGGAACAUGUUUCUUCAUUUGAACUUUGAUAUUAUUACUACAAAAUGCCUUUGGUAACUUUAAAAGUAAAACUCAUUUAUAUGUUUUGUUACUUGAAUAUGUUGCAAGCUCGAUACAGGAUACGCUUUCAUUUAAUUAUUGCUAUAUCAUUUAAGAUACUUUUCAUGUACCAAAAUAUCAUUCAAUUUUGUUUCAAAUAUUUAAAAAAUGAUGGAUAGCUAGUAUUGUACAUUGGUUUAAUUAUGGACGGAUGCUUCUAGGAUUUAACACUCGCAUUUAUGUUAACUGAUGUGCAUUGAACUUUAGCCCAUCGCUGUUUAUAUGGGUGUCAUACUGCAUAGGAAAAUGGAGUCAUUUUAACUGUGCUUAUAACUUGUGUUAAGUAUGUGACGGUAUUUGUGUUUGCUUACGUAGUUUAACAUAUGGAAUGUAUAUUUUCACUUCUGCUGAAUGUUACCGAUUUGGGUUGAUCCAUCAUAUUACGCCUCCUAUACCAUGUUCAGCGUGGAAUUUCACAACAGUUACCUUUUUAUGAUGAUAAAUGAUAAUACAUAGAUCGUACAUUUAGUGUUAUUUUCUGCAUACCAUGUUAGAUACAGAUUACAGAAUUCCACUGACGUUAAAUUACCGAUGUACUUUUGAUUUUUGAUUCUACACCACUUUCAAUGUAGAAUUUUAGUUACUUUUAAUUUAAGCUUGGCUGGUAACAUUACCAAUAUUUUGUUGGGCUGAUUAACCCAAGGAACUUGAGAGUUCGUUGUAUAUAUCCAAAUUACUUUUUUUUGAGAUUGUUGAAAUACCAUGCUCAUUUAUAAUCCGUCCCAGCAUUACAAAAACGUCACCCAGUUUGACUUGAUGUAAGAAAAAAAUGUAAAAGCAUUUUUGAAAUAAGAAAAAUACACUAUUUUUGUGUUGGAUUGAAACAAUAAUGAUCAACAAAUUAAUAACAAAAUACACUAUUUUUGUGUUGGAUUGAAACAAUAAUGGUUAACAAAUUAAUAACAAAAUACACUAUUUUUGUGUUGGAUUGAAACAAUAAUGAUUAACAAAUUAAUAACAAUAUAAUACUUACAAAUAAUCUGAAAAUACACCUCGUGGCGUUUCGACUGCCAUCAGUUAUCCCCUUGCUAUGACGUAUAACUGAUGAACGCUAUGAGUUGUAAUUUCAGAUUAUUUUUAAAUACUAUAUUGUUAUUAAUUUGUUAACAGGGGUGUUUUUUUUUCAAUCACAACACACAACUAGUGUAUUUUGUUUAUUAAAAAAAAAUGUGUUUACGGUUGUUGUUGUUUUUCUUACGUCAAGUCAAACUAAAUUAUGUACAAAAACGCUUUUUCAAAAUGCACGGAUUAUAAGUGCAUGUAUGCUCUUUGAGUUUGAAUUAGCAAGAUUCGUUGAAAUGCAUUAUGCUCAAUGUUUUUAGUUCAAAAAAUAAAAAUAUAUAUCAAU